UGGCGGAGACGCACCGCACCUCCUCAAUUACCUGACAUACCAUUCAAAGACUCUGCACGUCGAAACAUCACUAGAGGAAGUACUAGUUACGGAAACAUGUCCCUUCUCAGCAGAUCGUUUUGGGAGUUGCACGACGGAACACCUUCACACAUUAUGAGCAAAAUGUCAGCGAAGCAGACUACACCCACCCUCAGCCAGUCUCAGGCAGCAGCGCUUGUGAAGAAACACUACAAGCUAACUACAUCUGAACUCCACUAUCUGCCCAGUUUUGAAGACCAGAAUAUUUAUAUUGCGGUGGUUGAAGGUGGCGAGUAUGUGCUGAAGAUUAUCAACUCAGAGGACAGUAAGGACCCAAUCCUGUUUGAACUACAAACUUAUGCCAUGAACUUCCUGCAUGAGAAUGGACUUCCGACUCAAACAGCCCUGAAAACAACCACUGGAGAGGUCAUGAUCCUGGAAGACAUUGAUUGUGGCCAUGGCUUGCAGAAGUACCUGGUGCGCCUGUUGACUUAUUUGCCUGGAUCCCCUAUUUCCAAGGCACCUAUCUCACCACAGCUACUUUAUGAAGUGGGCCAGACUGCAGCCAGAGUGGACAACAUUCUCGGACAGAUGGAACAUCCUCAACUUAGCAAGUUGCAGAGGGACAAUUUCAAAUGGAGUUUGUCAAAUGUUCCCAUUCUGGAGAAAUACUUGCAUGUACUAGAUGGAGACCCUCUCAAGGAGGUUGUAGGGUCUGUCAUCCAUCAAUACAAGACCACUGUCGCCCACAAAUACCCCAGUUUCCGCAAGUGCCUCCUUCACGGGGACUUAAACGAUCUCAAUGUGCUCGUACAAGCUGAUGAAGGCAAAGGCUACACGGUUGCUGGUAUAAUUGAUUUUGGAGAUAUACACUUUGGUUACUAUGUCUAUGAGCUAGCCAUCACCAUUAUGUACAUGAUGCAUUUGCACCACAACCCCAUUGAUGUGGGUGGACCUGUUCUAGCAGGCUGGGAAGGUGUCCUUCCUCUCAACGCGGCAGAGAGAGACUGCCUCUUUUGGUUGGUCCUGUCUCGCUUCUGUCAGCAAUUAGUGUUGUGUUUGUACAUUUCAAAGCAGCACCCUGAAAAUGAGGAAUACCUCAUGCGUUUAUCUAAAAGUGGCACUGGGAUUUUACACAAACUUAAUAACAUUGGGAAGAAGCAGGUGGAGAAGGUGUGGUUCCAAACUGCUGCUCAGUUCAAUGACAGAAAGUAAGAAAUAAAUGACAUAUUACAAGAAA